CACAAUAGAGCAAAAAAAAAAAUUAUAGAUAUGAAGACCACUGCCAUAAUGUUCAUUGCAUUGGCAACGCUAUUGUUGAUCAAGACUGCGCCGUUAACGGAAGCGGCGUGCGUAGUAACGGAGCUGGCGCCGUGUCUACCGGCGAUAACCACCGGAGGAAACCCGUCGGCGGAAUGUUGCGGUAAGCUGAAGGAGCAGGAGUCAUGCCUUUGCGGUUACGUCAAGAAUCCGGCGUUUGCUCAGUACGUUUCGUCUCCUAAUGCUCGUAAAGUCCUCUCCGCCUGCGGUGUUCCUUAUCCGAGCUGCUGAAUUCUUGUCCACUUCUAAUACAUUCAAAAUAAAUUAUCAUUAAUUAUAUGUAAUGAUGAUCUAACGGAAUGUAUUUCGUUGAUGAUUGAAUAAAAAUUGUGUCCCUUCUGUUUAAA